AAAAACAUGACCAAAUCAAAAGUCACUGCAACUGACCUUCAUCAUUCCAACCAAACUACCCUUCUGUUCUCAUCAUUAAAACCAUGUUACGCACCACACUUUUUUCAACAUCCUUCAAAUUAAACUUCUAUUAAUACAUCCUCUCCAUCUUUCAUUCACAUACAAAGAAAAAGCACGCACCUUUAUGGUCAUGGUUGGAGCGUAGAAGAAAUCGAACAACAUGAUCGCAGGUUGUUUCAGUUUCAGACAACCCAACACAACUUCUUCUUCUUCAGGCAGCAGUUACUGUUCUCAAGUUCCUCAGAAUGUGGUAACAUGCAUAUACCAAACUCAACUAUGCAACUCCCCCACUUAUCUCACUCUCAGUUGGUCCAAAGCCCUUUUCUCUCACUCUCUAACGGUUUCCGCCGCAGAUGCCUUUUCCGUCACAAUUUCUCUUAACUCUUCAACAACGCUCUCUUUCUUCACACGCCACGGUGUAAAAUCCAUACGCCACCGCAAAAUCAAGCUCCACUGGAACUUCACGCGCGCUGAGUUCGCACAAAACUCCGCCGAACCGGAAUCGCGGUUCUACCUCGCGAUCACCCACAAUGGCAAGCUCCAAUUUUUCCUCGGCGAUCUUCUCCGCGAUCUAACCCGGCGGCGCAAGAUGUUGGGCAAGGGCGAAAGCGACAACCUCGUUGAGCCGGUUCUGCUGUCGAGGAGAGAGCACGUGUUCGGAAGCAGAUGCUACGUGUCGCGUGCGGUGUUCAUGGGGUCCAAGCACGUGAUAGAGAUCGAGUGCGGCGGCGGCGGGGGUGCGAUGCGCGUGAAAGUGGACGGCGAGACGCGGCUGGUGGUGAAACGGUUGGCGUGGAAGUUCCGAGGGUACGAGAAAAUAUUGAUCGACGGAAUCGAAGUGGAGUUUUAUUGGGACGUGUUGAGUUGGGUGGUUAACGACGACGGUGAGAAGAAGAAUGGUCACGGUGUUUUUGUGUUUCAAGUGGGGGACGGAGCGGUGUGGCCGGAAAUGGCGGUGGCGGAAAGGAAGUUAAUAAAGAAAAGCGUUUCGGGUUCAAGCGUGUUGCAGUGGGCAGAGGAGAGCAGUGAGUGUGGGAGAUCUUCGUGUUCUUCAUCCACGAAAUCUUGUGGUAGCAAUGCCACUGGUUUCUCUCUGUUGCUUUAUGCUUGGACCGUAAAUUGAUUCUUAUUCUGCUCAUUCUGCUCAUUCUUUCAAGGGAUUUCAACCUUUUACAGAUAUUGGAUUGCGAUUAUUUUGUUCGUAUAUAUGUAUGUAUACUCAUCUUCAUCUUCUUCUUCCUCUCUUGUACAUUGCUGCUGCUUCCCAUUACUGUAUUUUAUCCAUAUUCAGAAAUAAACCUUCAUAAAAUGCUUAUGAUUU